UUUAGAUUGUAAUAUUUUAAUUAAUGAGUGAUCAUAGUGAUUAAGAACCAGAGAUGUCUGAAAUUGAUGAUGUAUCAUAAAGUAGUUCAGGUGUUGGAGGUGGAAUGACUUCAAAUGCAUCAGAUUUAGAAUAAACAAAUACAGAUUCAGAAGGUAUUUGAUAAAUUAAUUUUAAAUAAGAUAAACAUUCUGUAACAUCAGAAUCUGAUUCAGAUGAAGAUUAAUAAAUAAUAAGAACAGGAGCUUAGAUUUCAUAAAGUAAAGGAAGGAGAGUAAAUAAAGAUGAAAGAAUUACACCACCAUUUUUAACAAAAUAUGAAAGAGCAAGAGUAAUUGGUACAAGAGCUCUCUAAAUAAGUAAAAAUAGUCCAAUAUAUGUUGAUCCAAGUAUAAAAUAUAAAUAACAUAAUAGAGGAAACAACUGAUCCAAUAAUGGUAGCUUAAUAAGAAUUAAAUGAAAAUAAAAUUCCAUUUAUAAUUAGAAGGUAUUUGCCAAAUGGAAACUUUGAAGAUUGGGAAUUAUAGGAAUUGGAACGUUUAGAUUGAUUUAUAAU